UAGAGGGUGACCAAUCCUAGAGCUCAUUGAUGUAGAUGGUGACCAAUCAUAGAGCUCAUUGCUGUAGGUAGGGAGAGGGUGAUCAAUCAUAGAGCUCAUUGGUGUAGAGGGUGACCAAUCAUAGAGCUCAUUGCUGUAGGUAGGCAGAGGGUGACCAAUCAUAGAGCUCAUUGCUGUAGGUAAGCAGAGGGUGACCAAUCAUAGAGCUCAUUGCUGUAGGUAAGCAGAGGGUGACCAAUCAUAGAGCUCAUUGCUGUAGGUAGGGAGAUGGUGAUCAAUCAUAGAGCUCAUUGCUGUAGGUAAGCAGAGGGUGACCAAUCAUAGAGCUCAUUGCUGUAGGUAGGGAGAGGGUGAUCAAUCAUAGAGCUCAUUGCUGUAGGUAAGCAGAGGGUGACCAAUCAUAGAGCUCAUUGCUGUAGGUAGGGAGAGGGUGAUCAAUCAUAGAGCUCAUUGCUGUAGGUAAGCAGAGGGUGACCAAUCAUAGAGCUCAUUGCUGUAGGUAGGCAGAGGGUGACCAAUCAUAGAGCUCAUUGCUGUAGGUAGGGAGAGGGUGACCAAUCAUAGAGCUCAUUGCUGUAGGUAGGGAGAGGGUGAUCAAUCAUAGAGCUCAUUGCUGUAGGUAGGCAGAGGGUGACCAAUCAUAGAGCUCAUUGCUGUAGGUAGGGAGAGGGUGAUCAAUCAUAGAGCUCAUUGCUGUAGGUAGGCAGAGGGUGACCAAUCAUAGAGCUCAUUGCAGUAGGUAGGGAGAGGGUGAUCAAUCAUAGAGCUCAUUGCUGUAGGUAGGGAGAGGGUGAUCAAUCAUAGAGCUCAUUGCUGUAGGUAGGCAGAGGGUGACCAAUCAUAGAGCCAAUACACAGAGCAACUGCCUGACUAUCGCUUCCUUUCCUCUCUUCUCCUCUCCUCUCAGCACCAACCUCCUUUCUUUUCCUCCCUUCUCUUUUUUUGGUGUUGGAUUGAAGUUGAGAGGGAGGGAAGGCGGCAGUAGCGCGUGCAGACGGCAGAGAGGAAAGGACGAAAGGAAGAGGGGAAUAGACGAGACGAGCUGGCUGCACAGCAGGUUGCCCACUCUCUGACAGCAGAGAAGUCCAUGAACCUGAACUAAUACAGCGAUGGACAGGAAAAGUGCCAAUGGCUACCCUAAGGCCGGAGGAGAGAGUGGAGGUGGGGGUCAGAAGAAGCAGCUGCCCUACUCCGUAGAGACCCCCUACGGCUUCCACCUGGACCUCGACUUCCUCAAAUAUGUGGACGACAUCGAGAAAGGCAACACCAUCAAGCGGGUCCACAUCCAGCGCAAGGCCAGGGGUCCUCCUAAGUUCAGCACCCUGCCCAGGAACUUCAGCCUGCCUGGGCAUGGGGCACGAUCGGCCCCCAAGGACACCUGGUCUUCUACCUCUACUCUGGGACCCAAGCCCCGGGGCAGAGUCACAGAGGUCCAGCAGUUCUUGGAUUUUAGAGCCAGUGAUGGAGGCAGUGGUAUGGCGGGGGGGCAGAGCCAGAGCAGCAGGGUGCAGGGGAGUGGCUUAUCCCCGGCCAGGCCCAGGGAGGAGGCAGGGGCUGGUGUGUCAGCCGAGAAGCCCCUGGGGAGGCCCAACCUCCUCCGGACAUCCAGCAUGCCCAUUACCAUCCCUCACAGGAAGGCCUCCGAGUCCGGGGACGAGAGAACCGAGAACGGCUCAUCUGAGAACGUAUUCCGCGCUGUGCCCCAGGACAGGUCGGGGCUGCACCAGCAGAUCACUGCGGCCCUGAAGAGGGUCAGAGAGCUGGAGGAUAUGGUGAGGACCAUCCCAGAGCUCAAGUCCCAGAUCUGCUCACUGAGGGAGGAGAGAGAGCAUCUGAUCCUCAGGCUGCAGGCCCAAACCAAGCCCCAGGCUCCACCCCCCCCACAACGUGCCUCGCCCUCUCCGGCUCAGAUCAUUGAUCCUCAGCCGCCAGGGUCUGGAGCAGUAGUUGAUACCGGGAGAGGGGAAAGCACUGCGUCAGAGACAGAAACACAACAGGAAUCCUUAAGAAGUACUGCACAAGAAGCAGAAGCAGAAGCAGCACAGGCAUCAGAGGGACCAGACCGACAAAGAGAGGCAUUAGUGAAUCCAUUAGAGAAAACAGCAGAGCUAUCAGAGGACGUUACAGUACAGAAAGCACCAGAACCUUCAGAGAGAGGAGUGAUUGUGCAAGUCAUAGAGGGAGUCAGUGGUGAGGGGGAUCUCCUCAGCAUCGAACAGCUCCAGGCUAAGCUAGUAACACUAGAGGCUAAGUUAAGUCAGGCUAGUGAAGAGCUGGAGGAAACCAACAGUCUCCUCAGACAACAGGUAGAGGACAACAGGAUGAAGCAGGAGAGGAUACUUCAGCUAAGCGAGGGAGGGAGAGAGGGAAAGGAGGUGGUGUGUGGGGAGAGACAUACAAGUAGGAGGACCAGUGUGGACCAGCAGACAGAGACCGAGAGAGUGGUCAUUAUAAACCAGGGGACAGAGUCAGAGAGGGCUGAUGUGGUGGAGCAGGAGACUGAUACAGAGAGGAUAGUGAUAUGUUUAAUCAGAGAGAGAGCUAACAGUGUGGACCAGGGGACAGAGACGGAGAGAGUGGAAGCGGUGAACCAGGUGGCCGAGCCAGAGAUGAUUAUUGCAUGCCCAGUCAGACCAAGGGGCAACAGUGUGGAUCAGGGGACAGAGACAGAGAGAGUGGAAGUGGUGAACCAGGUGGCCGAGCCAGAGAUGAUUAUUGCAUGCCCAGUCAGACCAAGGGGCAACAGUGUGGACCAGGGGACAGAGACGGAGAGAGUGGAAGCGGUGAAACAGGUGGCCGAGACAGAGAUGAUUAUUGCAUGCCCAGUCAGACCAAGGGGCAACAGUGUGGAUCAGGGGACAGAGACAGAGAGAGUGGAAGUGGUGAACCAGGUGGCCGAGCCAGAGAUGAUUAUUGCAUGCCCAGUCAGACCAAGGGGCAACAGUGUGGAUCAGGGGACAGAGACAGAGAGAGUGGAAGUGGUGAACCAGGUGGCCGAGACAGAGAUGAUUAUUGCAUGCCCAGUCAGACCAAGGGGCAACAGUGUGGAUCAGGGGACAGAGACAGAGAGAGUGGACACUGUAAACCAGGUGACAGAGACAGAGAAAAUGGACACUGUAAACCAGGUGGCAGAGGCAUCGCCUGGAGACAGAUUAGACCAGGGGACAGAGACACAGACAGUAGUCAGUGUGGACCAGAUGACAGACACAGCACCUGUACGUCCAGUGAGACCAGCAAGACACAGGGCUAACAGUGUGGACCAAUGUAGAGAGACACAAAUACAGGCAGGAGUCAGUGUAGACCAUGGGAAAGAGACAGUGGAUACUAUGAACCAGCUGACAGAGACACAGACAGCACCUGUACGUCCAGUGAGACCAGCAAGACACAGGGCUAAUAGCAUGGACCGGGGGACAGAGACAGAGAGAGUGAGUACAGUGGACCAGGUGACAGAGACAGAGGCAGCACAGAGUGCAGACCAGCAAACAGAGACAGAGAGAGACAGAGGUGAGACUAGCAAUACCCCACAUAGAGCUAUAGAGAUAGAAAGUGCAGCUAUAGUAAGUGCAGCCAUAGAAAGUGCGGUCACAGAAAUUUCUGGAGCAGAAAUUGAGGUCGCAGCAAGUGCUGUCAAAAAUGGGUAUACCACUGAGAGUGCAGUAACUGAAGAAGGUUUUGUGAUUAUAGAAUGUGUGGACACAGAAAGUAUGGUCACAGAGAAUGUGGUCACCGAAAAUGUUGACACAGAAAGAAUGGUAACAAAGAGACAAGAAGUGGUAGUAGAGAAUGCAGUUGAACAAAUUACAAUGACUGAAAGUGUGCUUAAACAGAGUAUGACCACAGAGGGUAUGGUCAUUGAGAGUGUGGUCACAGAAGAGAGUGUGGUCACAGAUGACAAUGCGGUCACAGAGGAGAGUGUGGUCACAGAAGAGAGUGUGGUCCCAGAAGAGAGUGUGGUCACAGAAGACAAUGCAGUCACAGAAGAGAGUGUGGUCACAGAAGAGAGUGUGGUCACAGAAGAGAGUGUGGUCACAGAAGUCCCUUUCCCCUGUCUCUGUCCCCUGGUCCACACUGUUAGUGUGGUGAAAGAAACUCCCGUAGUCCCAGAGAGCCCAAUAGCAGCACCCACCCCCUCUUCCAGCCAGACCCAGCCUCAACCGGGUCAGAAGGAGUCUGUGCAGCCCCAGGCCCAGCCUCAGACCCAGGACCCUCGUCGGGGCUCCAACCCAGCAUUAGGCCAGGUAGUAACACGCCUCACAGGGCUGAUUAACGAGCAGUGGGCCCAGCUGGGUAGCAGCCAAGAGAAGCCGGACAAGCAGGAGACCUCCAGCCCCAGCACCCAGAAGCUUGUAGCCGGGCAGGGGAAGCCUUCAACGGGCAAAUCAGCAGGGAAGUCAGGGCCGUCUAAGAUGAGCUCCAUCCAGAGCCAGCUGGUCAGUUCCCUCAGUGCCCUGUCUGCAUUCUACUCCCCUGGACAGAAGGCUGCUGCCAACAAACAACAAGGUCUGAAAUCCAUCAUGAAGAAGAACGGUGCUGCUGACAAGCAGGGGAACAGAGGAGGAGCCAAGAAGAACCUCAAGUUUGUGGGAGUCAACGGAGGGUAUGAGACCACCUCCAGUGAGGAGGAGUCGAGUGGGGAGGAGAAGGAGGAGGCCGAGGAGGUGGACAGCUCUGAGCCUGAGGAGAUGCAGGAGGAUCAGGGGAAGGAGGAGGAGCAGGAGGAGGAAGCUGGAGAAUCCCAGGGCCAGGGAGAGGACACUGCCACAGGAGAGAUGGCCCAGGGAGCAGGCCCUCAGGCUGGGGAGACAGAGGGCCAGGGAGACCCUCAAGACCCAGAGUCCAGCCAGGCACUCCUGGAGGAGCAGCCAGAAGCAGGGGAGACGAUAGAUAAGGACUUCAUGGAGGCGUGUCACUACAUUAAGGAUCGUAUGGCAGAGGUGGCAACCCCUGAUAAAGAAAUGAGACACAUCCUGACCGUGUUGUACCAGGAGUGGUUCCGUGUGUCCAGUCAGAAGGACUCGCUGGCCGACACUGUCACCCUCUACCUGAGAGAGGUGGGCAUCGCCACGCCAACCCUCCUGCGUUACAUCGUAAACCUGGCCGAUGGUAACGGCAACACAGCGCUCCACUACAGCGUGUCCCACUCCAACUUCCCUGUGGUCAAACUGCUGCUGGACACUGGUCUGUGUGAGGUGGACACCCAGAACAAAGCAGGCUACACAGCGGUGAUGCUGGCCUCUCUGACAGCUGCUGAUGGUUCAGACGACAUGGAGGUGGCUCUACAGCUACUGAGACAGGGAGAUGUCAAUGCCCGAGCCAGCCAGGCAGGGCAGACGGCGCUCAUGCUGGCCGUCAGCCAUGGUCGCACAGCCAUGGUGCGGUUGCUGCUGAGCUGCCAGGCUGACCUCAACAUUCAGGACAAAGACGGUUCGACUGCACUCAUAUGUGCGUGUGAGCACAGUCACGUGGAGAUCGCUCGGAUACUACUCGAGUCUGACCACUGUGACACCAGCCUCACAGACAAGGAUGGUCAGAGUGCUCUUUCGGUUGCGGUAGCGGCCUCCCACAGUGAUCUAGUUGACCUUCUGAAGACCCAUUCUGACUCCACCACCCAGGCCUCUAACCUCUCCUCCACCACCACUUCAGCCACCAUUAUCACCACCACCACCGCCUCUCUCCUCUGAGUCCUCUCCAGAAGCCCCUCUCUAACCCCCACCCCAACACAGAACUCCCCCACCCUAGACCCACCAUAGCCCGGACCCCAUUCGCCAGACCCAACCCCACCCUAGACCCCCGUGGAGGACAGAAAAAGGCUGUAUUCACCACCACUCAGCUCACAGGCCUACUGGACCUGUGCUGCAAGGAACCAGAAUAACACACAUUAUUCACAUUUCUGCCAAUAUUCCGUGGGCGGGACUCUGGAGUUAUGUAUCAACCGUUUGGCAGCCAGCCAAUCAAAGAGGGACCUGUGUGUGUCAAUCAAAGAACCCGUAGCCGUGGCGACAGUGGGGAUCGACAGGUGAUCCAUGAAGAGUGCAGAAAGACAACAGAAGGAUGAUGGAUUGAUGCUUUCCAAAAAAAAAUGCUCUUCAGGCAAAAAUCUUCUUAAGCACAUGAUCUACCUUCAAAAUCUGUCAUAUUAUUAUCAAUAAUAUGGUUUUUCUUCCUUUUUAUUCCAAUGAUGACAUUACUAUUAUUUUAUAUUUGGACAUAAGCCAUUUAUUAAACCAUAAAGUCAAUGUUAUAAUAGUGUUUUAUCAGACACACAAAGUAUAUUUAUUUUGCGUUGCACUCUGUUGCACUUGUUGCACUUGUUUCACUCUGUUUGAUUGAUAUUCACACUGUACAUAUCAUAUCCAUGCUUGGUUUGUUUUCAUCAGUAUGACUUAACGAUUGACUCACUGGGAGGUCUUCCAAUAUGAAGGGUGUAUAGUAGGAUGCAGCAUGCAGCAAUAUAAUAACAAAAGGCAGAAUCUUCCGAAGCUACUAAACUGCAGUAUGAUGUAGUAACUCUCCACUUACUACUCUUCUCAACUUUCUACAACUCUUUUUCUCUUUCUCGCUCUCAUGCACUAACCUGGUCUCAGAGCAUUUCAUAUGUUUCUGUACGUACAGUAAAUCCUAGACAUUCCAUUUAGUAUGAUAUGUUACGUUUUGUAUGGUAUGUAUUCAAAUGUGGUUAUCCAUCACACAUUUCGUAUGAUAUGUUACGGAUUACAAUUCAUAUUAUAUGUUACGAAUUUUCAUAACAAACAAUAUUUAAUGAAUUUGCUAAACGUAUGAUAUGUAACGAAUUCUAGCUGGUGGCUAUAGUUAGCUAGCGCGCUAAAGUUAGCUAGGCUAGUGGUUAGGGUUAAUUAUUAUUAUUUUAUUUUGUACUUUUACCCCUUUUUCUCCCCAAUUGGUGGUUACAGUCUUGUCCCAUCUCUGAUACUCCUCUACGGACUCGGGAGAGGCGUAGGUCGAGAGCCAUGCGUCCUCCAAAACACGACCCUGCUAAGCCGCACUGCUUCUUGACACACUGCUUGCUUUACCCGGAAGACAGCCGCACCAAUGUGUGUCAGAGGAAACACCGUACAUCUGACGACCGAAGUCAACUUGCAGGCUCCCAGUCCGCCACCUUCCCUUAACCCGGACGACGCUGGGACAAUUGUGCACCGCCUCAUGGGUCUCCCAGUCAAGGCCAGCUGUGACACACUACCUGGGGCUGUCGUGAUGCCUUAGGCCGCUGCGCCACUCGGAAGGCCAGGGUUAAGGUUAAGUUUAAAGGGUUAAGGUUAGGGUUAGAGGAAGGGUGAGCUAAAAGGGCUCAGGUUAGGUAAAGGGUUAGUUAAAAGGGUUAAGGUUAGGGUUAGGGCAAGGGUUAGAUAACAUACUAAAUAGUUGCAAAAUAUUUUGAAAUUCGAACUCGCAACCUUUGGAUUGCCAGACGUUUGUGUUAUACACUCACCCAUCCACCCCUAGAUGUUUGCGUUCUACAUCCACCCAUCCACCCCUAGAUGUUUGCGUUCUACAUCCACCCAUCUACCCCUAGAUGUUUGCGUUCUACAUCCACACAUCCACCCCUAGAUGUUUGCGUUCUACAUCCACCCAUCCACCCCUAGAUGUUUGCGUUCUACAUCCACCCAUCUACCCCUAGAUGUUUGCGUUCUAUAUCCACCCAUCCACCCCUAGAUGUUUGCGUUCUACAUCCACCCAUCUACCCCUAGAUGUUUGCGUUCUACAUCCACCCAUCUACCCCUAGAUGUUUGCGUUCUACAUCCACCCAUCUACCCCUAGAUGGUUGCGUUCUACAUCCACCCAUCCACCCCUAGAUGUUUGCAUUCUACAUCCACCCAUCCACCCCGACCAACUACCCUCCUUUCGUUUUUGCCUUAAGUAACCAUCUGUCUUACGUAAUCAUAUCAUACUAAAUUGGGUGUCUUGGAUUUACAUGCAGAAUAGUACAAAAUGCUCUGAGACCAGGUGGCACGCGCGCACACACACACACACACACACACACACACACACAUCCUUAGAGACAAACACAUACACGAGUACACACACACAC